AUGGCUUCUCUGAAUAGCUCACGGCGGCUCGCGGUGCAGCAGACGCGCACGAGCCUGCGGAAUCUUUCGACUAGCUCAGCUGCUUACCUCCCUUCUUCAAGCAAGAUCCAAGCGGUCCGCUCAUCUACGUCUGCCCGGGACAGCUUGACGUCAAGAGCUGGGACUCAGUAUGCUGCUGGCUCACGCAAUCUCAGCACCUCUGCAUCAAGAAGGAAAGAUGACGCCGACGCCGCCAAUCGUCAUCGCUCACAAUACAACUACGACCCGUUCACGCUCCAUCCGGAAGCCAAGCACUACACCUACCCUCUAGUCACCGCGGAGGACCUUGCCUCUUCCACCUCCUCCAAAGUCGGCUCCACCGGCCCUGGUGGUCGACCACGGGAAGUGCGCAUGCUAGCACGCGACUUUAUCCACGACAGCCUGUACAAUCCUUCAUAUGGGUACUUUACCAAGCAAGCUGUGCUACUUCCCGACCCUUCGCCUGCCAGCGAGAAGGAGGAGCAGUACAAAGAGGUAGCUGGUGAGCUGUACACCCACGAGAUGGGCCUGUUGCGUCCUGCGGCGGGGUUCGACUUCAACUCGAUCAAAAACGAGAGCGAGUUCAUGCGUCUAGUGGAAGAACGAUACUCUCUCUUCGAGGAACAGAUUUCGAUCCUCGUAGCGGACCACAAGUCCACCUCCGAUGCGCAGGAUAAACUCAAGGAGCAAUCCGACAGUCUGGCUCGGGAACGACGCGAGCGAGUUGCAGCACGAAAGCCCGCAGCAGAAUACAGCGCCGCUGGGCUGGAAGAAGCCCAACGACGCGGUCGCGCCCUGCGUCGCGAAGGCGUCCAGGAAACAGACGUCCAAUCCAUGGCGGCUAAACAAGUCUGGCAUACCCCCACCCAGAUCUUCCAGCCGUACUACGCACAUGCUAUCGCCCGGUAUUUGGUGGCCGAGUACAAGCUGCAUCACUAUCCGUACGACGAUUUGGUGGUGUACGAGCUAGGGGCGGGAUCGGGGGCGUUAGCGGAGGGCGUGUUGGAUUAUCUGCAGGAGAGCGAGCCGGAAAUGUAUGCGAGAACGAGGUAUCGGAUUGUCGAGAUCAGUCCAAGGCUCGCAGCGGAGCAGAGGCGGAAGUUGGCGAGACACGGAGCGAGGGUCGAGGUGAUCAACCAGGAUGUGCUGGCUUGGGACAGUGUGGUCCAGGAACCGUGCUUCGUGGUGGCGCUGGAGGUGUUUGACAAUCUGGCGCAUGAUGUGGUCAGGUUUGGGACGGCGGAUUUGACGCCGUACCAGGCGGUGGUUUCGAUCGACGAUACGGGGGAUAUGCACGAGUUGUGGGAGCCGCUCUCCGAUCCAUUGAUCAGGAGGUAUCUCGAUAUCGUCGGGCCGACACUACACCCUUUGUCCAACUCCCCACUUCGCUUCCUCCCCGAGAGGGUGAGAGCACCAGUAGCACGCCAUGCACCGUUCUUCCCCAACCUCACAGAUCCGCUCUUCGUCCCCACCAACGCCCUUCGACUGGUGGAAAAGCUUAGAACGCAUUUCCCACACCACCGUCUGCUCAUGUCGGACUUCCACUCGCUCCCCGACACGCUGCACGGGCUCAACGCACCCGUCGUCCAAACUCGCUACCAGGGCACCAUGAUCCCCGUCACCACCUACCUCGUCCUUCAAGGCUUCUUCGAUAUCUUCUUCCCCACCAACUUUGCGCAUCUCAAACAGGUUUAUCGUAGCAUUCUCAACCCCAGUCCCAACAAGCCCGAAGGAGAGGGUGCGGCGUUCUUCGACUCGCAUUGGGCACCCUUUCAUACGGCCGUCGGUGGCAAGAGGGUCAGGAACUUGAAGGUGUUGGGUCACGCAGAGUUCUUGGAACGCUAUGCCGAGACGGAGAGGGUGCAGUUGAGGGAUGGGAGCAAUCCCAUGUUGGGGUGGUAUGCGAAUGCGAGUUGGUUCUUGUCGUAG